GCAAAUACACAGUAGUAUUUUGAUAUCCAGUAUUCCUGCUGGGCACAUCUGAAUAACUUGGGCAAAAUGCACCUGGUGCCCAGAGAAUUUGUAAUACAGAGGGGGAAGAGCUCACACUAUAAUAUGCCAAAUGUUUCUCCUUAGCCUCUUUCCACCUCCUGCAGGUAUGAAGACCCUUCACAAAAAGGCAGCUACAGGGCAGCAAACAAGGGAAACUGUUGAACAUCACACUGGAUCUGCAAAUAUGAGGAAGAAAAAGACCUGUCAAAAGAAACAGAGGGGCAGACCUUCAUCCCAACCCCAAAGGAACACAGUGGGCUGCAGAAUUUCACAUGGAUGGAAAGAAGGGAAUUAUCCCAUCACUCAGUGGAAAGGAACCGUUCUGGAUCAGGUGCCUAUCAAUCCUUCUCUUUACCUGGUCAAAUAUGAUGGAAUUGACUGUGUCUAUGGACUGGAACUUCAUAGAGAUGAAAGGAUUUUAAUGCUUAAAAUCCUUCCUGGUAAGGUGCCAUUUUCUCGAGUCAGAAAUGUGCACCUUGCAAAUAUCAUAACUGGCAAAGCUGUGGAACAUAUGUUUGAGGGUGAACAUGGUUCUAAGGAUGAAUGGAGGGGAAUGGUCUUAGCCCAGGCACCUAUCAUGAAAGCCUGGUUUUAUAUUACCUAUGAGAAAGAUCCUGUUUUAUACAUGUACCAGCUUCUAGAUGAUUACAGAGAAGGAGAUCUCCAUAUCUUUCCAGAGACCAGUGAGUCUCCAGCAGAGAGAGAGCCAGAAGGAGUUAUAGAUGGCCUCAUAGGUAAACAUGUGGAAUAUACCAAAGAAGAUGGCUCCAAAAGGACAGGUAAGGUCAUUCACCAAGUCAAAGCCAAACCCUCUGUGUAUUUCAUGAAGUUUGAUGAUGAUUUCCAUACCUAUGUUUAUGAUUUGGUGAAAAAGUCCUAA